UGAUGGUAAAAAUACCUUCCCCUUUUCAUUUGUUAUGACAUCAGUCCUGCCUUUUUAACCUCGUGAAGCUCAAAUCAACGUCAGCCAAGGCGGCUUAAAUCCCAUGUUGUGCUUCGCUGGUCUGUUGCUUCAAUCUCGGAUACUCAGAAAGGGCUUCUUCAAUUCAGGCAGAUGAGGCUUAUGGCGUCCUCAACGUUCAUUGCCAAACCAACAAGCUUUCAAUGUUCAAAUUUCACUGAUUAGCUCGGCCCGUGAUGUUUCUGUGUAAUAUAGGCUCAGCAAUUCCCCGAGACAAAUAUUUCCUAAAAACGUCCAUGCCUGCUGACACAAGAAAGAGUCUAUACAUCACACAUUCAUCAAAGCGUGAACAGUCAUACCAAUCUCGAAAAUGCUUUUCCGAAUAGCUACUUUGAGUAUUUUUUCCCUUUUGUGGGUCAAGUCUAGUGCCACAAGAAACGUAUCUUGCAGUUUGAUUCAGGAAAAGUUUGCGAACGGUUACAAUGCUUCCGGAUCAAUAUCAUUCCCUGGAUUCAGGGUCAAUGAUAGCUAUCCGGAAUCAAACUGGACUUUCUCCAGGUAUAUCGCAGCCGACUACAGCGAGCCGCGCAACGAAAGCGAGGUAUGGCAGACGAUUGGAAUGAAGACAUCACCAACGGUCAAUCUUACAGAUCCAAAAGAGCUCCCCUAUACAGGGUGUUAUAUGGUGCUCAUGACAUCGGAAAAAAAGAACUUUGGGGAUGGCCAAAAAGAAGAUGGGUCGUGCAACUCUGUUUUGUCAGCAGAUUGUAUUAAAGAUCUUAUCACCCACGUCAACGACACCGCAGCUUCAUAUUCUGGGACGUCCGGCGGUACCAAUUCCACCAAGCUCAACUGCUUUGACCUCAUGAGUGGUCUCGUCAAAAACGAAAAGUCGAAGUGUUGGCAGCAAUAUCCCGCAUGGUUCGAUGACCAGUUCCUCCCCGAAUACCCUGGCAUCAGUUCCACCACCAAUGCCACAGACAAUCCAAUCGUCAGCUGCCCCCCAGUUGGUGCUGGAGAUAUGGAUACCUUCCAUCUAGGAUAUAAUCAAGCAGCCGGGCCGAACCGCUUUACCGACUACGACAGAGUUCUGAAAACCCCUCUCGCCGUGGUUCUGACCGCUUGGCUCAAGGAUGAUCAUUCGCCAUACAUGGAUGUCCGACGAUGGGCCGACACCAGAUUGAUGUGUAUUCCAGGAAACAUUGCUUCGCCGGGUAGUCGCAACCUCACCGAAGCGCUGAAAUCUGGCGGUAUGACCACAACUCAAGGAUGGAGUGGAUGGAUGAUGAGCAUUAUCUUGGUGGGCUUCGCGCUUAGCACUUUCCUGUGACAUUAAGGAUUUAAGUGUUUUCUUUGUCUUGAUUGGAAUGUUGGUAUAGCUGAUUCCGACUUUCCGGGUUGUUAGAGGUUCUUUGGACCUACAUUUCUGUGACUUGAGAUUCAAUUUCAUACAUAAAAACAAAC